UUCAAGGGGAAAGGGAUGAGAACAUUUGGAAAAGACCUGAAGCGGAGCCGAGAGCAACGCCUGCAGAAAGCAGCUAAGGACCCAGUGGCCAAAGGGACCACGUACUCCGGGUUUAAGAACGCCAUGAGGAGAAAGCUGGCGGCCCGGGCUUCCGCUGCCAGCAGCCCCCUUGUCACAAGAUGGCAGCAGCGGCACGCUGGAGGCGCUGCCGGCUCCCGCCGCGCGAACCGGCUCACCAGCGCCCCGGGGACCACGGCAGUGACAUCUCAGCUGCCUAAGGAACUCUCCAGCAUAAAAACUGUUGUGACUCUAGCUAGCCAACAUGCUGCAGCAGGCUUGGAAGGGAGGAAUAUCAGGAGAGCUGGAAUGGAAAAGAAGCAGAAACGUCCUUCCCAUCUUCCAGUGGUCCAAGAUGUUGGAUAUAGCAUUUCAGAAAGAGGUGACAUGAAGGUCUGUGAAAAGACCAAUUGCACCUGGAAAGGGUGCCGAGAGGGGAACCAAAAUGAGUUUAGAGCUGUUACCAAGAUGAAGCUUUCUGUACCAAUGGAGCUAGAAGUGAGGCUUCAUAUUACUGGCUUGCGCAAUGAUUACUAUCUAAACAUACUGGACUGGAGCCUUGAAAAUCUCAUUGCUAUUGCUGUAGGACCUGCUGCACACAUCUGGAAUGGAGGAACUCUUCAAGCCAUUGGAAGCAUUGAUUUGAAUUCCAGUUCCAAAUACAUUUCCUCUCUAGCUUGGAUAACAGAGGGAACUUGCCUUGCAAUUGGCACCAGUGAUGGAGAAGUGCAACUGUGGGACAUUGAAACCAAAAAGAGGUUGAGAAAUAUGUUUGGUCACCUGUCGGUGGUUGGAGCUCUGAGCUGGAAUCAUUAUAUUCUGAGCAGUGGUUCACGACUAGGAUCUAUUCAUCACCAUGAUGUUCGGGUUGCUCAGCACCAUGUUGGGACUCUUUGCCAAAAUAAACAAAGCAUUUGCAGCUUGAAAUGGUCACUAACCAACCAGUUGCUGGCAAGUGGGUCUAUUGAUGGUAUAUUGAAUAUCUGGCCUAGUGACCCUGGUGUAAAAUUGCAGUCACAGCCACUGAAAACCAUACCACAUUCCUCAGCAGUUAAGGCUAUGAACUGGUGUCCUUGGCAGUCUAAAGUCCUUGCUACAGGAGGUGGAAUGAAAGAUGGGAUUUUGCGUGUCUGGGACAUUAAUUGUGAAAAAAUAAUCAAAAGUGCAGCUACAGAUUCUCAGAUUUGUUCCUUGCUCUGGUUACCCAAAACCAGCGAACUGAUGACUGGACAUGGCCUUCCUGGACAUCAGAUGAAAAUAUGGAAGUAUCCCAUACUUAUCAAUUCAUCAGAACUCUAUGGCAAGUAUUUCAUUCACAAAGGAAGAGUCCUCCACACAGCUCUGAGCCCAGAUCAGAGCAGGCUUUUUUCUGUUGCGGCUGAUGGGACGUCUUGUCUGUGGAAAUGCCAUGAGCCUGGGGAGAGCAAGCACAGCAGCGAGGCUUUUUCUGAGGGUUAUUUGAGCUCAUUUUUGUGAUUUCUUUUCCUUGAAAGCAAAUGAUUUAAAUGUAUUUAGCCCAUUCAGUAAUUCAAAAUAUGUGUGUUCCUUCCAAUGGAAACACAGCAAAAGAUAGUACAAUUUUUUUCAAGAGAAAGCAAUUUUCCUCAUCAGUCCAUAAUGUGAAAUAUUAGUAGCUUGUCUUACUUAUUUUCAU